CGUCCGUGCCAUGAGAAAAACCCAUGUCACACGUGGUAUGUUGAUAACAACUUUAGCGCAUGUCACUUAGUUUCUACCUUGACCGGUACUUUUACGUUCAGAUUUAAUUAUCAGUAGCAGGAACGAGCGCCCUUAAAGACACAAGUCCUGUAUACAUGUAUUACGUCAAAUCAGCCUCACUUGCAAGUGUACAAGACAGUUCUGCUGGGAUAUAUUAUUUAUUUUAAAAAGCAUGGAUCUCACAAGCGACGACGACAUAACGUACACUGCGUCGCCGAACACGAUACGGAUGUUUGCAGAUAUUGACCCGAGCGCGGAGCUGAUCUUCGAAACUCCUCCGCCUGAUGUUGUCAGCUCUAUUACUAAGUGCUUUGAGCCGUUCACCAACACAUUUGAAAAGAGAAGUGGUGCUUCAUUCCUCGAUCUGCUGUCGGACAGUGACUCUGGUGAAAGUCUGUUUUUAACACAGGCUGUGACUUCAGCGGACAGAACUGUAAGGCGACGCAGAUCAAAAAAUAGGUCCGAGUCCAUCUCUGAUAAUGAUUGUGAUGAAGAGGGUGAAGGAAGCACCAGGAGAGGCCCAUGGAAUGAAGCCACUGAAUGUGAGGAGGAAACUGGAGGUCACCAGCAGCAUAAAGCGCUCCCAAAAGGAGGAAAAAAAUGCAGAAGAUUCGAUUUAUGGAGCAUUCGCCCCAAAAGAGCUCUAUUUCCCUUUAUGAUGAAGUCAAAAAGACAACAGGUCCUGACCAGACAGAAGCACCAGAUUCUGGAGAACUCAGAAAUUGGAGGGUUCCUCAAAUGCAUAAAGAAGACUAAGGAGGGUUAUACGAAUACAGGAGUAGCUCUCGGUUCAUGGAUGUUGGAGUCGGAGCUAAUCUAUAACUCAGAGGUGGACGAACGACACAGUGAUCAUGAAGUCUCAGUAGUGGAUAGAGAUGUUUUUGUUCCUGGUUUCCAUUUAAAAGGCAAACAAAUAUGGUGCCCACAAUCCGUCAUUGAGAGGAGGAAAGCUGUUAUGCCUUUAUCUCAGUAUCCUGAUAUGUUACAACCCAUAGAACAUAUGGACAUUGAAAAACAUGUCAAAAACCCAUCAAAAAAGAACAGCGAAAGAAAAAUAAAAGUCAGCUCAAAGCUCAAAAAUUCGAGCCAUCUACCACAGUCCCAGAUUAACUCAAUGAAGAAAUUUACACUAUCAAAAAAGACACCCAAAGCUGCAGCCAGGAAACGCUCAGUUGGGUCUUCAAAGUCUGAUAGUGUCCUUCGCCUUAAGGAACGUCAAAAGCAGCAGCAGCAUAAAAAUCAUGAGACAUCUGAGGUUUCGGCUUCUUGCUCAGAUUCUGAACUCUCAGAUUCUGCUCAUAUGCGACAUCCACAUCUUCAGCAGAUGGUUUGGUCUGUUGAGAACUCGGCUGAUGAAGCUUCUGAUGGAGGUGAUUUAUGGGUAAUUGAGGAGACGCAGACACUGAACUCUGUAGAUGCAGUUACAGAAGAAGCGACUAAUAUGAUGCAAGAAGAUGAAUUGAGGUCUAGGGCACAAAGCAAUUUCUGCUUUCCACCCCACGGGGGAGACAUUUCAAUACAUAAAGAUACUCAUUACACUGACGGCUCUCUGUUUUCAUAUGUGCCACUGGAUAAUGUGAUCAGGGUAAAAAAGACAAACAAACCGAACACAUUCGUCAAUGCAGAGGUUGCUAUGCGUGCCAGCAGCACCAAACACUCUGAGACUAGCCAGAGUUCUGUUGAUCCACAUACUAAACUGCUCUCUGAAAUCAAUUGCCAAAGUAAAAGAAGAUCAAAGUUGUCACUGUCUCAAAAAUGUAUUGAUGUUACAUGUAUAGAGGAAACCACAGAGAUGCAACCAGCAUCUGAGUGUUUACCACUAGCUGAUGAAGUGGAGGAUAAAGGAGCUAAUGAAAAGCAAACUGCUGCAUCAGUCUCACAGUCCGGUGAAACAGCAGACUACUUGAAGAUAAUGAGUAAUUUAUCUGUGAUGACAGACAGCACUGUUAUCCCAAAGGUUAAGAAGAAUAAAAUUAGAAAGCAUAAAAUCAAUGAACAAGAGGAUACAGGGCUUGAUUCAGGUAUUCAUUGUGUUGAAGAUGUUCAGUCAAUCCAGUACACUGGACUGAAGCAAAGUGAGUCAAAAACUACAGAGUUGUCAUGCAAAAAAAAACAAAAGGUGGCCAACAAAGAGAGAAAUGGAACAACAUAUGCAGAGAAAAGCAUUGCAAUAAACAACUCAUCAAACAAUACUUUUGACUUCAUUGCUGAUAGAGCUGCAGAUUUGAGAGUAAAUGAUUUUAUUCAUUUCACUGAGACCAAUGAGCUUGAACGGAUUUCAGAGGAUAAUACAGGGUCACCCAAUGUAAUUACAUUCAACUCUGUGAAAAAGAAGAAGAGGAAGAAAAAAGAUUUGUGUAAGCAGUAUGAAUCCAUUGAUUUGGAUCUGGAUAAAAGCUCUGUGUCCAUGUUUGGUGAGGUCACCAUGCCAAGAGUGCUUGCACAACAGGAGUCAACUACAGAAGAAAUCAUUGAGGAAAGGCUAUAUGAUGACAGUGCAACUGAACAUUUGGAAAGUAAUUCAGCAGGUGGAUUAAGUGUUGCAAAACGCAAAAAGAAAAGUAAACAUUUGAGUUCUGACAUUAGGCUGGGAAAAGCUGUAUCAGAGUCACAGUUAGGGAAUACAGUAGAACUCUUGGAGAAAACAAGUAAUUUAUCACAGUUUAAACCGAAAAUUAAGAAAAUGCACAAAUUGAAAGAGCAGGAGAAUUCCGAGCUUGAUUCAGAUACUCAAAAUGUUCACUCAAUUGAGUCAGAAACCUCUAUGCUGCCAUCCAGAAGAACAAAAAAGAAGAAAAAAGACACAAUGAUUAGCCCAUCAAAGAAAAGUUUGGAUCACAUUGACCAGAGACCUCCAGAAAUGAGAGCAAAUUAUUUGGUUCAGUCUUAUGAAGCCAUUGAGAUCCAUCCAAUUGAGCCUAUUGUGACAUCCGAGGAAAUUGCAGGAGCGCCAAGUGUAACUAGAUUAAAAUCAUUGAAGAAGAGGAAGAAAAAGGAUAGGAGUGAGAAACAUAGGUGUGAAUCUGUUCAUUUGGAUCCGGAUGGGAGUUCCUUGUCUCUGUUUGAUGUCACUGGUUUGAGAAAGGUUGCGCAAGACGAAGAUAGGCCAACUAUGCAAGAGAUCAUUGAAGAAAGGCAAUGUUUGAAAAGUAAUACAGUGGGCAUAUUAAGUGUUGCAAAAUGCAAAAAGAAAAGUCAGAAUGGGAGUUCUUCGUCUCAAGGUGAAGACAUCAUUGGACUAGAGAAAAACUGGACAGACUCGCCUUCAGGGAAUACAGCAGAACUCUUGGCGAAAACAAGUAAUUUAUCUGUGGUUUUAGACACCACGGUUAUCACACAUGUUAAAAAGAAAAAGAAGAAAAAGCACGAAGUAAAAGAGCAGGAGAAUGCAGAGCUUGAUUCAGAUACUCAAAAUGUUCACUCAAUUGAGUCAGAAACCUCUAUGCUGCCAUCCGGAAGAACAAAAAAGAAGAGAAAAGACAAAGUAAUUGAAAUGACAAUACAUGAAAAGGGCAAAAACGCAACAAUUAGCCCAUCAAAUAAAAGUCUGAACGGCAUUCUUGAUAGAUCUCCAGAACUGAGGUUAAAUGAUUUGGUUCAUCCCAGUGAAGCCAUUGAGAUGCAUCAUCUUGAGCAUAUUUGGAAAUCCAAGAACAUUACAGAAUGUCCAUCACUCAGUGUUACUAGAUUAAAAUCAGUGAAAAAGACAACAAGGAAAAGGGAUGGGAGCGAUUCUGUUGAUUUGAACGUUGACAUGUGUUCUGUGUCUUGGUUUGAUGUCAAUGGGCAGGCAGAAGAUGGGUCAACUACACAAGAAAUUAUCAAAGAAAGGCGAAGUGAUCUAACUGAACACUUGGAAAGUAAUACAACAGCUAAGUUAUAUUUAGCUAAACACAAAAAACAGAGGGAAAGGGCACAUGUAACUAUUAAUGAUAAUUCUGACUUGAGCUGUUCUGUGGCACAACAGGAAGAUACUGAAAUGCUUGUGAGACCAAAGAAGAGGAAGAAGAAAAGAAAUUCAGAUGGUAUUGAAUUGACUUCAGAAUUUACUGAGACAGAAGACCUUUUUGAAAACUCUCAGAGGCAGGUGUCGAAACCACCUGGAACAAUGUCAAAGAAAACAAAGAGAAAGAUUAGGGAGGAAAUGGAGGAACCUUAUCAGAGUCAAAUAUCUGUACUAAAUGACACCGUUGGACUUGAAACUGUACUGACAAAUAGGACUGACUCAGUCAAACAACAGAACAAUGCAGAAAGGCAGGUUAGCACUACAUCAUUGGGAGAUUCUGACAUUUCUAGAGACAGAAAGAAGAGAAGGAAGAAGGAUACUGGAAAUAAUGUUAUGUUAAUCCCCAGAAAUCAGAGUACUGACUCACCUACAGGAGUAAACCAAGAUGACGCAUCAAAAAGUCCAGAAAAGGAGAGGCAAAGAACAAGGUGUAAUGACAUAGGUUGUAUGGAAACUGAGUACAAUGCUAAUAUUUUUCAGUUGCAGCGAAAACAGGAUACUAAGAAAGAAAAUAACAAAAAGGCGGACUUUAAGGGAGCUACAGGGAUAGGAGACCAUUCUGGGUCUCAGACUGAUGAUGAAACUGGGAAGCGGAAAAAGAAGAGGAAAAGGGAAGAGAGUGCAUCCAUUAUGGAUACUCCAAGCUCUUUAAUCCACAAUGGAGAUAGAUAUUUGUUUUGGUAGGUUGAAAGAAAAAAUGAUGGAGAGUGACAUCCAGAAUGAUUAGGGAUAAGUUAAAUGGAAGAAAAGGAGGAAAAUGCUCAAAAAUGAUGAAUACACCAUUAACGUUAGAAACGAAAAUCAGAUGUGUGAGAAACAUUCAUCUCAACAAGAGGUAACAGUCUGAAUAUCGCAGUCAUAAGAACUUUAUAAUUGAAGACACAUGACUGAAUUGAAGAGCAAGUGGUUAAUAAAUGAAGUGGUUUCCAGUAAUGAGCUGGAGGUUCACUUGUCAUGGUCUUACCACUUGGUUAAAAAGAUUAAAAAGAAAAAGUUCAUCUUAACCUCUAAAGGUUUUGGGAAAACAUUUGAAUUCUGCUGAACACCAUAAAUAGUGGAGUGUUUUUUAAAUAUAUAUUAAAAUAUAUAUAUUUUUUAUGUAAUCACUCUACACUGUCAUCUGGAGAACAAUAUCACUUUAUCCUUUUAUACAAAAUCAUGAAAGACACUUUGUGCAUACUUUGCAACAGAGAACAUUUUUUAUGGGUUUCCCCCAUGUACAUUAAAUCCUCAAAGUCUUCAUUACUAAAUG